CUCCUAUUCUUGUGUUUGGUUUCAAUUCUAGCAAGCACCACUAGACUAGACGCGCGUUUUCCUUGUUUCUACCUUGAAAAGUGAAAAACAUUCAUGUUUGGCUUUCUCAUCCAAAAUCAAUUCUGAUUGAAGCCACUAUUAUUCCUAGCUUCUGUGGUAAACUGAAUCCACGGGGGAAAGGCGCACUUGCAUAACUGCAUCCAGAUUACAAACCACGGGGGAAGACAAAAAGAUGAAAGCCGUAGAAAAGGAAAGCAAAAAGUCUAAGAAAAGACAAGCAACCUCUGAUCCUGAUCUUCCAACCACAACUGAGAAGGUGGAUUUCGAUCAAUGUGAGGCUGCAGAAGGAGUCCUUGAUGAUGAUCCAAGUGAGCCAACAAUGGGAGAGAAACUUGCCGGUCUCAAUUUACUGGAUGAAAACAAAUCCAAGAGUGAAAAAGAGCAAGAAUCUUUGGUUUCAUUGAAGCCUCCAAGUGCAGACAGUGUACAUAUUUUGCUUAAGCAAGCAUUAAAUGCUGAUGACCGCGCCCUUCUGUUGGAUUGCUUGUAUACUCAAGAUGAGAAGGUUAUUAUAAAGUCAGUUGCGCAGUUGAACCCAUCCAAUGUCCUCAAACUUCUUAAUUCUCUUAUUUCCAUUAUUGAAUCUAGGGGUGCAAUUUUGUCAUGUGCUCUUCCAUGGCUGAAGUGUCUGCUUCUACAGCAUGCAAGUGGAAUAAUGUCCCAGGAAUCUUCUUUAAAAGUUUUGAACUCUUUGUAUCAAUUGAUCGAGUCUAGAGUCUCCACCUUUAAGUCUGUCUUCCAAAUCUCAAGUUUCUUAGACAUCCUAUACACUGGGGUUCUUGAUGAGGAGGUAGACGAAGUUGAAACAGUACCAAUUAUCUAUGUGGACACAGAUGACAGUGAGGCAGAAUCGGAGGAUGUCAUGGAAACUUACAAAGAUAGCAAAGAUGGUGAACUAUCGGAUGAAGGAUUUGAUAAUCUUAGUGACAUUGACGGUAGUGAUGGUAUGAUGGAAGAUUAAUGAUGUCAUGUAAACAUUUUUUUGGUUCUUUUCAAAACUUGUCAUAACAAGAUUAAGUCCCAGCAAUAGCAGUUGAUAACACUUGAGUUGAGUUGCUAGAGAAUGUUAGUAAUGUAUUCUCUGUAAUAUCUUGGAAACACCAUAUACAUUUGCUUUCCCACAAAGCAUAACAAUUUUGAGAAUUUGAUAUUAGUGAUUGAUAUGAGAAAAUAGGGUUAAUUGCAUGUUGGAGGAUUGGUUGAGUGAAAACAUGAUCAUGGAAUUCAUUUUGCUUUUUA